CUGGUGCUGUACCACUGGACGCAGUCCUUCUCCUCGCAGAAGGUGCGCUUGACCAUAGCCGAGAAAGCGCUCAAGUGCGAGGAGCACGACGUGAACCUGCCGCUGAGCGAGCACAAUGAGCCGUGGUUCAUGCGCCUGAACGCCUCGGGAGAGGUGCCCGUGCUGAUCCAUGGCGAGAACAUCAUCUGCGAGGCAACGCAGAUCAUCGAUUACCUUGAGGCCACCUUCAUAGAUGAGGAAGUACCAAGAUUAAUGCCAGAAGAAGGGAGCAUGUAUUAUCCCAGGGUGCAACACUACAGAGAGCUUUUGGACUCCUUGCCUAUGGAUGCCUACACGCAUGGCUGCAUCCUGCACCCUGAGCUGACAGUGGACUCCAUGAUUCCAGCCUAUGCCACCAGCAGAAUUCGUAGCCAAAUAAGUAACACGGAAUCAGAGCUGAGGAAACUCGCACAAGAGAACCCAGACCUUCAAGAUGCCUAUAUAGCAAAACAGAAGCGCCUUAAAUCUAAGCUGCUGGAUCAUGAUAAUAUAAAAUACCUAAAGAAAAUCCUGGAUGAACUGGAUAAAGUUUUGGAUCAGGUUGAGACUGAAUUGCAGCGGCGAAAUGAGGAAACCCCAGAAGAUGGGAAUCAGCCUUGGCUCUGUGGGGAUUUCUUCAGCCUGGCUGAUGUGUCCCUCGCUGUCAUAUUACACCGCCUCAAGUUCCUGGGGCUGGCAAGAAGAAACUGGGGGAAUGGGAAGCGACCCAACUUGGAGGCCUACUACGAGCGUGUCCUGAAGAGAAAAGCCUUUUGCCAAGUGCUGGGACACGUCAACAACAUCUUGAUCUCGGCUGUGCUGCCCACGGCCUUCCGUGUGGCCAAGAAGAGGGCUCCCAGGGUGGUGUGCAGCACACUGCUGGUGGGGCUGCUGGCGGGAGUGGGCUACCUGGCCUUCCUCUGCCUGCGCAGGAGGUUGGCCAACGUGAUGAUGUCCAUCAGAACCAGGCAAAGCUACUUCUAG